GGCACUAUGGACAAACUUUAUUGGUUUUAAUAGUGUAUAUAAUUGUUUGGAUUGCUAAAUAAAUAAAUAAAAAGUUUCGUAGCAUAGGUAAGUUAUUACAUGCGAAGCUAUCCGACACCGAAAAAAGAAUCUUCUUGAACCUUUAUUCAAUGCAAAACAAAUUAAGCAAGCAGUUAGUAUAGUAAUCUUCUUAAGGGCAACUUAAUAAUUAUAAGUAUUGAUAUUUUAUUCAUAAACAUCGAUAUUUUGCUAGAAAACAUAGAUGUGCUGAUGAUAUCGAAGGUAAAACAUCAAUGAAUAUCGAUCAUUCCUACAUUAGACCGCCAUCCCUAUUUGAAAAUUUUACAAGAUGGCCGGCAGCAUUCAACAAACGUUGUUGUAAAUUGAAUUGCUGUGUUACUUUCUUUUUACAUGUUGAACUAUUUCCUAUUUCUGUGAUGUAAAUAAAAAAAAUCCUCUUGCGGCGGGAACGUUAUUUAAGUGAGUGUUUAUAUUACCACUAUCAAUUGAGAUUAAGGUAGUAUUUCACAACCGGUGAAUUACCACGCGUUAGUUUUCUUUAACAAAAUUUUGAGUAUCGUGAGGACUGCGUUCAUUUUAAUGUUUUAUUCAAUAUAGGAGUGCAGCCAUGUCGCUGCCGCCAUACCUACUGGGGCCCAACCCUUGGGCCACCAUGAUGGCGCAGCAGCAAUUAGCGGCGGCGCAGCAAGCAGCCUUGCAAGCGCACGCCGCCGCUGCUGCAGCUGCGCCUCCGGUGCCACCCACACAACCGCCCAAACCGCAUCACAUAACGGAAGAAAAGAUCAAAGAAAAAGCUCAAAAAUGGCUACAAUUGCAGUCGAAGCGAUUUGCCGAAAAACGCAAAUUUGGUUUUGUGGAUGCACAAAAAGAAGACAUGCCUCCAGAGCAUAUCAGGAAGAUCAUCAGAGAUCAUGGUGAUAUGACUAGCCGGAAAUAUCGCCAUGAUAAGAGAGUAUACCUGGGUGCUCUCAAAUACAUGCCACAUGCAGUCAUGAAACUCCUUGAAAAUAUGCCCAUGCCUUGGGAACAGAUCAGAGAUGUCAAGGUCCUUUAUCAUAUUACUGGUGCAAUCACAUUUGUUAAUGAAAUCCCAUGGGUUAUAGAGCCAGUAUACAUUGCACAAUGGGGCACUAUGUGGAUUAUGAUGAGAAGAGAAAAACGUGACCGUAGACACUUCAAGCGAAUGAGGUUUCCUCCAUUUGAUGAUGAAGAACCUCCAUUGGAUUAUGCUGAUAACAUUCUAGACGUGGAGCCGUUAGAACCCAUUCAAAUUGAGUUAGAUCCUGAAGAAGACAAAGCUGUUGCUUCCUGGUUUUAUGAUCACAAACCAUUGCUUGGUACAAGACACGUCAAUGGUUCCACAUAUAGAAAAUGGAAUCUGACCUUACCACAAAUGGCAACUUUGUACCGAUUAGCUAAUCAGCUCCUAACUGACUUGGUAGAUGACAACUAUUUCUACCUCUUUGAUUCAAAAAGUUUUUUCACAGCUAAAGCACUUAAUAUGGCUAUACCAGGUGGUCCAAAGUUUGAGCCUUUGGUUAAAGAUAAUUCAGCCGGAGAUGAAGACUGGAAUGAAUUUAAUGACAUAAAUAAAAUUAUCAUUCGGCAGCCUAUUAGGACAGAGUACAGGAUAGCUUUUCCAUAUUUGUACAAUAAUUUGCCACACUUUGUCCAACUAUCUUGGUAUCACACGCCGAAUGUUGUCUACAUCAAAACAGAGGACCCUGACCUGCCUGCAUUUUAUUUUGAUCCUUUGAUCAAUCCAAUAUCUCAUCGCCAUUCAGUCAAGUCUUUAGACCCAGUGCCUGAGGAGGAGGAAUUCAUUCUUCCCGAGGAAGUUUCUCCAUUCCUACAAGAAACCGCUUUAUAUACUGACAAUACAGCCAAUGGUAUUGCUUUACUGUGGGCACCAAGACCUUUCUGCAUGAGAUCUGGUCGUUGUCGACGCGCUAUUGACGUACCUCUUGUGAAGACCUGGUAUAAGGAGCAUUGUCCACCUGGUCAACCUGUGAAAGUAAGGGUCUCAUACCAAAAACUGCUCAAAUAUUAUGUGCUGAAUGCUUUGAAACACAGACCACCCAAGCCACAGAAGAAAAGGUACCUCUUUCGAUCAUUCAAAUCUACAAAGUUCUUCCAAACCACGACUUUGGAUUGGGUUGAGGCUGGUUUACAGGUUUGUCGCCAAGGUUACAAUAUGCUCAACCUGCUCAUCCAUCGUAAGAACCUCAAUUACCUUCACUUGGAUUACAACUUCAAUUUAAAACCAGUAAAAACUCUGACAACAAAGGAGAGAAAGAAAUCUCGGUUUGGCAAUGCAUUCCACUUAUGCCGCGAGAUUCUUCGGCUGACCAAAUUGAUUGUGGAUUCUCACGUCCAGUACAGACUGAACAAUGUCGACUCUUUCCAACUGGCUGAUGGUUUGCAAUAUAUCUUUGCUCAUGUUGGUCAGCUCACUGGAAUGUACCGGUACAAAUACAAACUCAUGCGGCAGAUACGUAUGUGCAAGGACCUAAAACAUCUCAUUUACUAUAGAUUCAAUACAGGCCCAGUAUCGAAGGGACCCGGUUGCGGCUUCUGGGCGCCGGGCUGGAGAGUGUGGCUAUUCUUCAUGCGUGGCAUCACACCUUUGUUGGAACGUUGGCUUGGAAAUCUAUUGUCUAGGCAAUUUGAAGGACGUCAUUCAAAGGGUGUGGCUAAAACUGUGACAAAACAGCGCGUCGAAUCUCACUUCGACCUCGAAUUGCGCGCGUCUGUUAUGCACGAUAUUGUAGAUAUGAUGCCUGAAGGUAUCAAACAGAAUAAGGCCAGAACUAUUCUGCAACAUCUCUCUGAAGCUUGGAGAUGCUGGAAGGCUAACAUUCCAUGGAAGGUACCGGGUCUCCCUACACCUAUAGAGAACAUGAUACUCCGCUAUGUGAAAAUGAAGGCGGACUGGUGGACCAACACAGCUCAUUACAAUCGUGAACGUAUACGUCGCGGCGCCACAGUAGACAAGACUGUAUGCAAGAAGAAUUUGGGCCGACUCACUAGGUUGUACCUGAAGGCUGAACAAGAGAGGCAACAUAACUAUUUGAAGGAUGGUCCAUACAUCUCUCCAGAAGAAGCCGUGGCAAUCUAUACAACUACAGUCCACUGGCUGGAGUCACGUCGUUUCGCUCCUAUACCGUUCCCGCCUCUGUCAUACAAACAUGACACCAAGCUGCUAAUUCUAGCUCUUGAGAGGCUAAAAGAGGCGUACAGCGUUAAGUCCAGACUUAACCAGAGUCAGAGAGAAGAGUUGGGACUGAUUGAACAGGCAUACGAUAACCCUCACGAAGCAUUGUCAAGAAUCAAACGUCACUUGCUAACACAGAGAACUUUCAGAGAGGUGGGAAUAGAGUUCAUGGACCUGUACUCGCAUCUGGUCCCCGUGUAUGACGUGGAGCCGUUAGAGAAGAUCACUGACGCGUACCUCGACCAGUACUUGUGGUAUGAAGCGGAUAAACGACGACUGUUGCCGCCGUGGGUUAAGCCGGCUGAUACUGAACCUUCACCGCUUCUCGUCUAUAAAUGGUGCCAGGGAAUAAAUAACUUACAAGACGUUUGGGAAGUCGGCGAGGGAGAAUGCAAUGUACUAUUAGAGUCGCGCUUCGAGAAACUUUAUGAGAAGAUAGAUCUGACGCUGCUAAACAGGCUCUUGCGUUUGAUUGUAGACCACAAUAUAGCUGACUAUAUGACGGCGAAAAACAAUGUCGUUAUCAACUAUAAGGAUAUGAACCAUACAAAUUCCUAUGGCAUAAUACGCGGUCUCCAAUUCGCGUCAUUCGUCGUACAGUACUACGGUCUAGUGCUAGAUCUCCUAGUACUAGGUUUGCAGCGUGCGAGCGAGAUGGCGGGUCCACCGCAGUUGCCGAAUGAUUUCCUCUCCUACCAGGACAGGCAGACGGAGACUGCUCAUCCUAUAAGACUUUACUGCAGAUACGUUGAUCGUAUACACAUAUUUUUCAGAUUUACGGCAGAGGAAGCUCGCGACUUAAUCCAGAGAUAUUUGACAGAGCACCCUGAUCCUAAUAACGAAAAUAUUGUUGGUUAUAACAACAAGAAGUGCUGGCCGCGAGAUGCCCGCAUGCGUCUUAUGAAACACGACGUCAAUCUUGGCCGCGCUGUAUUCUGGGAUAUAAAGAACCGUUUGCCGCGUUCCGUCACCACCAUCCAAUGGGAAAACAGCUUUGUCUCCGUAUACUCCAAAGACAAUCCCAAUCUCCUGUUCAAUAUGGCUGGCUUUGAAUGCAGAAUACUGCCAAAGUGUCGCAGCCAACACGAGGAGCUGUCACAUCGCGACGGCGUAUGGAAUCUGCAAAACGAAGUGACCAAAGAGAGAACAGCUCAGUGUUACUUGAGAGUGGAUGAUGAAUCACUGGCCCGAUUCCAUAACAGAGUCAGACAAAUACUCAUGGCAUCUGGCUCGACCACUUUUACUAAGAUCGUCAAUAAAUGGAAUACUGCCCUUAUUGGUCUUAUGACUUAUUUCCGAGAGGCAGUCGUAAACACACAAGAGCUUCUCGACCUGCUUGUCAAAUGCGAGAACAAAAUACAAACACGUAUCAAGAUAGGUCUCAAUUCGAAAAUGCCGUCGCGUUUUCCUCCCGUCGUGUUCUAUACACCUAAAGAGUUGGGAGGGCUCGGCAUGUUGUCCAUGGGUCACGUGCUCAUUCCACAGUCUGAUCUCCGCUGGUCGAAGCAAACGGACGUCGGCAUCACCCACUUCCGUUCGGGAAUGUCCCAUGACGAGGAUCAGCUGAUUCCCAACUUAUACCGCUACAUACAGCCCUGGGAGGCCGAGUUUGUCGACUCACAACGCGUGUGGGCCGAGUACGCUCUCAAACGGCAAGAAGCUAACGCCCAAAACAGGCGUUUAACGUUAGAAGACUUGGAAGAUUCCUGGGAUCGGGGCAUACCUAGGAUCAACACACUUUUCCAAAAGGAUAGGCACACGCUCGCUUAUGACAAAGGUUGGCGUAUACGUACCGAGUUCAAACAAUAUCAGGUGUUGAAGCAGAAUCCGUUCUGGUGGACCCAUCAACGCCACGAUGGCAAGUUGUGGAAUCUCAACAAUUACCGCACGGAUAUGAUACAAGCGCUCGGCGGCGUCGAGGGAAUACUCGAACACACUCUAUUCAAGGGCACUUACUUCCCCACCUGGGAAGGUCUUUUCUGGGAAAAAGCCUCUGGAUUCGAAGAGUCUAUGAAGUACAAGAAACUGACUAACGCUCAACGGUCCGGUUUGAACCAGAUCCCGAAUCGUCGCUUCACACUGUGGUGGUCGCCCACUAUCAACAGGGCCAAUGUAUACGUCGGUUUCCAGGUGCAACUGGACUUGACAGGAAUAUUCAUGCACGGCAAAAUACCUACCCUGAAGAUAUCAUUGAUCCAGAUUUUCAGAGCUCACUUGUGGCAGAAAGUUCACGAGUCGAUCGUCAUGGACUUGUGUCAGGUGUUUGAUCAAGAGUUGGACGCUCUCGAAAUUGAGACGGUGCAAAAAGAGACGAUUCAUCCGCGUAAAUCUUACAAAAUGAACUCAUCUUGUGCUGACAUUCUACUGUUCUCUGCCUAUAAGUGGAAUGUAUCUAGACCGUCACUGCUUGCAGACACCAAGGACACGAUGGACAACACAACAACACAAAAGUACUGGCUGGACAUUCAGCUGCGUUGGGGUGAUUAUGACUCUCACGACGUAGAACGGUAUGCUCGUGCCAAGUUCCUCGAUUAUACCACUGACAACAUGUCCAUUUACCCAUCGCCGACUGGACUGCUCAUCGCCAUUGACCUCGCUUACAAUCUGCACAGUGCUUAUGGCAAUUGGUUCCCCGGCUGCAAACCGCUGAUCCAACAAGCUAUGGCGAAAAUAAUGAAGGCAAAUCCCGCUCUGUAUGUGUUACGUGAACGCAUACGGAAAGCCUUGCAACUGUACUCAUCAGAACCUACUGAACCUUACCUUUCCAGUCAGAACUACGGAGAGCUGUUCUCCAACCAGAUCAUUUGGUUCGUAGAUGACACAAAUGUAUACAGAGUCACGAUCCACAAGACAUUCGAAGGCAAUUUGACUACGAAACCUAUCAACGGAGCAAUCUUUAUCUUCAAUCCGCGCACUGGACAACUGUUCUUGAAGAUUAUCCACACGAGCGUAUGGGCGGGACAGAAACGUCUGGGACAGCUCGCUAAAUGGAAAACUGCAGAAGAAGUUGCCGCUCUGAUUAGGUCACUGCCAGUAGAGGAACAGCCGAAACAAAUCAUUGUUACCAGAAAAGGAAUGUUGGACCCUCUCGAGGUGCAUUUACUGGACUUCCCCAACAUAGUGAUCAAAGGAUCAGAACUACAGCUGCCGUUCCAAGCUUGUCUGAAGGUGGAGAAGUUUGGUGAUCUCAUCCUCAAGGCUACAGAACCUCAGAUGGUGCUGUUCAACUUGUAUGAUGACUGGCUCAAGACUAUCUCCUCGUACACGGCAUUCAGUCGUCUCAUUCUCAUUCUUCGAGCUCUCCACGUGAACACGGAACGUACUAAAGUGUUACUGAAACCCGAUAAGACUACGCUCACGGAGCCUCAUCAUAUCUGGCCGACGCUGACUGAUGAUGAUUGGAUCAAGGUUGAAGUUCAACUCAAGGAUUUGAUAUUGGCAGAUUACGGCAAGAAGAACAACGUCAACGUAGCAUCUCUUACGCAAUCUGAGAUCCGCGACAUAAUUCUCGGUAUGGAAAUAUCUGCGCCGUCGGCGCAACGGCAACAAAUAGCCGAAAUCGAGAAACAAAGCAAAGAGCAGAGUCAACUGACCGCCACGACCACGCGGACAGUCAACAAACACGGUGACGAGAUCAUCACCUCAACAACUAGCAACUAUGAGUCGCAAACAUUCAGUUCAAAGACCGAGUGGCGAGUGAGGGCGAUCUCUGCGACUAAUCUGCAUUUACGCACAAACCACAUCUAUGUGAGCUCAGAUGAUAUCAAGGAGAGUGGUUACACAUACAUUCUGCCAAAGAAUUUGCUCAAGAAAUUCGUCACCAUCUCCGAUCUUCGAGCACAGAUCGCGUGUUACCUGUACGGCACGUCGCCAGCGGACAAUCCGAUGGUACGCGAGGUGCACUGUGCGGUGUUGCCGCCCCAGUGGGGCACCCACCAGCAGGUGCACCUGCCGCGACAGCUGCCGAAGCACCCCGCCCUCGCGCACUUGCAGCCGCUCGGGUGGAUGCACACGCAGCCCAACGAGUUGCCUCAACUAUCGCCACAGGACAUCACUACUCAUGCCAAAGUCAUGGCAGAGAAUCCAUCAUGGGACGGAGAGAAAACUAUCAUCAUCACGUGUUCCUUCACUCCGGGCUCUUGUUCCUUGACUGCAUACAAGCUGACACCCAGCGGGUACGAGUGGGGCUCCCGCAAUACAGAUAGAGGAAACAACCCCAAAGGAUAUCUGCCGAGCCACUACGAGAGAGUACAGAUGCUGUUAUCGGAUAGGUUCCUGGGUUACUUCAUGGUGCCUUCGCAGGGCAGUUGGAACUACAACUUUAUGGGCGUCAGGCACGAUCCCAAUAUGAAGUACGGCGUUCAACUAGGUAACCCUCGUGAGUUCUACCAUGAGGUCCACAGACCCGCUCACUUCAUGAACUUCGCCGCGAUGGAAGAUGCAGCCGCACCAACUCUAGCCGCUGACCGCGAAGAUAUGUUUGCCUAAUUUAACACUUACGCGUGCUCUUCCAGAAAGAAGUGUAGCUUGGGCUUUGUAAACACCAAAUUUGCCCUUUAACUUAUAUAUAUAUUUUUACAGAGUUGACUGAAAUUAAUUAACAUUUAUUGAUAACUACAGUGACUUCUUUUUAUAAUUAUCUAAAAAUCAAUAAAUAUUUUUCUUAGUAAUUGUAUAAUUAUAAAAUUAGCAUUUCAUUAUAAUCUUAUGAUGCUAAAAUAAAAAAAAAUUUCAUUACUAAUUUUUAUUUGCAUUUUUAAAGGUCCUUAUGCAGCUUUGUUUCUGGGAGAACACAUGGAAUAAGGACUGUAAAUAGGUAUAAGAGAAAUAAUAAAUUUUAUUAAAUUUCUUUUUGUAGUUAUUAUUUUUGAUUACCUUUACAUAUUUUUUGUCAUCAAAACGGUUACAGUUACACCCUAAAAUUGGACACGCCCAUUUUUUAUCAUAAUAACACAAAGCAUUCUAUACCAACAGCAAGAGUAAAAUUUCCAUUGUGCUCAGUAAACUAGUUUCAGAGAAAACGUUAGUUUCGGAGAAAAUAUAAGUCAUAGUGGUCUAUGGUGCGUCGAAAAAUACGAAAAUAUGCCGAAUUGUGCCGUUAUUACGUUUCGUUUGGGUAGAGAAAAUGUAAGUCUGAAAAAAUGAGAAAUUUCAUUUCAUCGGUAAGUAAAAAAUAUUGGUUAUAUAACAGUUUAUCGAGAUGUAAUCUAAAUUUUUUUUCGGGAGAUUGAGUCAAUAGGGUAUUUGACACUAUCGAAAAUAAGCUGCAUUUUGUAGUCAUCAUGAUAGAGAAUAAUCUAAUAAAGCUUAUUUCUUAACAUCCGCAGAAAAAACAUGUUUAGAUUUAGUAAAAUAACGUAAAGAAAAUGCAAUAUUUUUAGGAAUUUAUUCAACGACGAAAACGUCCUAUAAUUGGUCGUUGUCACAACCAAUCACGAUUCUGUUUACUGGCCUGUGACGUCAUCAGCUGUCAUGUUAAAGUAGCGAUAGAAAGCUACAUAAAAUAUCGAUUCCUGUAGGUAUUGAGUACUUUAUAGUAAUUUACUGAUAACAGAAUACUUUGCCGCUUCUGCUGAUAAGAACUGCUAAAAAGAAAUACAGAAAGAAAGAAUCAUUUACUAAGAUUUUUAAAAAAUUUAAUUUAAGAAAUAGGGAAAACGCCUUGAAUAUAAUUCAAAAUUACAAAGUGGAUUUUAAUGAUAUAUACUGUUCUCCAAGUUUAAAACUAAUAAAAAAUAUCAUCGGGAUCUGAUGUCUCAUUAUCAAGUGCCAUGCAUUUAGUGGGCAGACAUACUACAUGCAUGUAUAAAAAAAUAGUAUAUUCUUUUUUGUACUAAUGUCUCAUCCAUCUGUAGGUCUUCUUCUUCUUCUUUUAUUAAUGGCUUAUCUGCGCAUUUCGCACAAUUCUACCAAUGUCAAGUAAAUACAUAAUUUCUAUGUAAAAUGAAAAUGAAAUUAAUGAAAGAUGGCGAUGAUCAUCUGUAGGUCGAC